AUGAAAGAAAUACUAGAGACUCUAGUGGACAAGGCAGAGAAUGAAUUCGUACUUGAACAAGUGGAAGAAGCUGUCAUUGUUCAAGAAGAAGAGUUGGUUGAAGAUCUAGGCGAUGCUGAACUUCCUUGGGAAUCCAGAAUUGAGGAAAACUCCGUCCAAGAUGCCACAGUUGAUGCUAAGGAGAAUACCGUACAAUCUCCAAGGCAAGUCGUUUACGAAGAAUCAGAUGGAGUAAUCCAAGAAGCAAUUUUCCUUGAUGGUGAUAGUCACAAGUCUAGUUCUCCUAGUGAUGAACUUGCGUCCGCAACCACCGCCGGCCAGCCGCCACGCCACCACCCCGACGCCGCCGCCGCCCAGACGCCACCGCCGUACCACCCCCCUCCCCUUCUCUCUUCUUCUUUCUUCUUCUCUUCCCCCCUCUCCACCACUGCCAACCGUAGCCACUGCCCUCCACCACCGGCUAACCCGCCGCGCCCCCUCCGCCACCCACCCCCUUCAGCCACCAGCAACCACCACCCUCCCUUCCCCUAUCCUCUUCCUCUCUCACUAACCCUAAUACCCCCUCCACCGCCACCGCGACGCUGUGCACCACCGCCGCGCCGGAUGCCGCCGCAGUCACCUUCUCCCCUGAUGUCUGCCUCACAAAGGAAAGGCAAAGGCAAGGCUACUGGCAAGCGCAAGAGAGGAGCUUCCUCACAGUCCAUCAUUGCUCUAAUGCACGAUUCCUCAUGGCGGGAGAAGAACUUCACACAGCAGGAAAAAGCUGACCAACUGCUCCCUUCGACUGAUCCUAUAAAAUUUGCAAACCGGUACUGUGAGCUGAAGUACCCGACUUUUGCAAACUCUAGAAAUCUAUACCUGGAACGUUCCUUGAAGAUUCCAGAAGCCUUCCAGCAAUACACCACUGAGCAAAUCAAGCAAAGGGGCUGGUUCUUUCUGGAGAGACCACUGACAGAGGUCAAUGCAUCUUGGGUCCGGGAAUUCUAUUGCAACUACUACCUUACUACCCUAGAUGCAGUAAACCUGAGGGAAAAGCAAAUUCUGGUCACCGAGGAGGCCAUAGAGACCAUUCUUCAGCUCCCAGCCAAGUCCGAUCAGCCAGAUGGUUAUGCACAGGCUGAGGAGCACAUGGGCCAGAUGCAGUUUGAUUGGGAUGCUGUGAAGGCACGGAUAGCUCUCGACCCUGCUGUUCCUUGGGAGAUGGGUCAGAACACCACUAUGCCUAGAGGGAUCAAGAGAGUGUAG